UUGGCUGUUCGCUCGGUGUUUCGUUCCCUCCGCCGGCGGGCCGCCUUGUCCCAGAAUCCAAGAUGGCGGGGUCCAGGAGCAGGGGUCCCAGGGCCGGGGCCGGGCCGCUGCUCUGUGCGCUGCUACUAUCUUUGAGCCGUUUCUCCAGCGGCCAAGGAGCGGGCGGAGACCCCGGGGCCGGUGCCACCCCGGCCCCGCAGCCCCAUCGCCGGUUCGAGUACAAGUACAGCUUCAAGGGGCCACAUCUGGUGCAGAGCGACGGGACCGUGCCCUUCUGGGCCCACGCGGGGAAUGCAAUACCUAGUUCAGACCAGAUUAGAAUAGCUCCGUCUUUGAAAAGCCAAAAAGGAUCAGUUUGGACAAAGACAAAGGCUUCAUUUGAAAACUGGGAGAUUGAAGUGACAUUUCGAGUGACUGGAAGAGGACGAAUUGGAGCUGAUGGCCUAGCAAUUUGGUAUACAGAAGCUCAAGGCUUGGAAGGCCCUGUGUUUGGAUCAGCUGAUAAUUGGAAUGGAGUUGGAGUUUUCUUCGAUUCUUUUGACAAUGAUGGAAAGAAAAACAAUCCAGCUGUGAUUGUCAUAGGCAACAAUGGACAAAUACAGUAUGAUCAUCAGAACGAUGGUGCUAAUCAAGCUUUGUCAAGUUGCCAGAGGGAUUUUCGUAAUAAGCCUUAUCCUGUCCGGGCAAAAAUUACUUAUUACCAGAAAACAUUGACGGUGAUGAUCAAUAAUGGCUUUACACCAGAUAAAGAUGAUUAUGAGCUUUGUGCCAAAGUGGAAAACAUGGUAAUCCCUGCACAAGGGCAUUUUGGAAUAUCUGCAGCAACAGGUGGUCUUGCAGAUGAUCAUGAUGUCCUUUCUUUUCUGACUUUCCAACUGACUGAGCCUGGAAAAGAAACACCUGCACCUGAUAAGGAAAUUCCUGAAAAGGACAAAGAAAAGUACCAGGAAGAAUUUGAGCAUUUUCAACAAGAACUGGAUAAAAAAAAGGAGGCCUUCCAGAAGGACCACCCUGAUAUUCAAGGGCAACCAGCUGAAGAAAUCUUUGAGAGUGUAAGCGAUCGUGAGCUUAGACAAAUUUUUGAAGGGCAAAAUCGCAUCCAUCUUGAAAUUAAACAACUCAACCGACAAUUAGAUAUGAUCCUCGAUGAGCAAAGAAGGUAUGUCUCUUCCUUGACUGAUGAGAUCUCUAAAAGAGGACAUGGCGGACCAGCACAGCUUGGACAGGCUCCUCUACAAGAACUUGAUUCUGUGGUAAAAACUCAACAAGAGGUUCUAAGACAAGUGAAUGAAAUGAAAAAUUCCAUGGGUGAAACCCUCAGGCUGGUCAGUGGAUCCCAGCAUGCUGGCCCAGCAGGCAGUGUGUAUGAAACGACCCAGCAUUUCAGUGAUAUCAAAGAGCACCUUCAUGUAGUAAAGAGGGAUAUUGAGCAUUUAAUACAGCGAAAUGUGCCAUCAAAUGAAAGAGCAAAAUGCCCAGAACUACCACCAUUUCCAUCUUGUUUAUCUACAACACACUUUGUAAUAUUUGUAGCAGUACAGUCGAUGUUAUUCAUUGGUUAUAUCAUGUAUAGGACUCAGCAAGAAGCAGCAGCCAAAAAAUUCUUUUGAUCACCUUUUUUGUACAUGUAUGUACAGAAGUUUGACUGUAAAUGAGGGAAUUUUUUUGUGUUUAAAUUGCUUCAAUAGUCUAAAUUAUUAAUUUUUUUGUUAAAAUUACCUGUUUAAAUGUUAAAUUGUGGUAAGAAUAAACCUUACGGAAGUGAGAACUACAAGAAAAACUGUGCACAGUAUAUAACUUUAUUUAAAAUUUAUUGAGUUUAUUGUUGAUGGUAGAACAGCCAUGAAAUAGUACAUUUAUUUCCAGUGCGAUUAGGGUAAGAAAAACUAGGGACAUGGCCCUGAAAUGGUAGUUAGCAUAUUUGAUUUCCGGGGCAAAAAAGUUUACUUGUAAGAAAUUUUAUUUGACAGAAAACUUUUCCAAAAUUAAAAAGUUGGCCUAAAGAUCAAAGUAUAUAAUUCCCAUAUCAUGGUGGUUAGAGUAACCAAAGUCUUAAGAUGUAUGAAUCAGAAUAUCUUAAUCAAAGAGCUACUCCUACAAUCAUUCAUGUUGAUGUUACUCCCUCUGAAAUCAAAGAUCAUUUUGCCCAAGUAGAGCUUUUUAAAGACCAAGAUGUUCGCAUUUCAUAAUACCUAUGUAGAACUCUUUUUCCCCCUUUGAAUGUGGACAGUAUAUUUUAUUUUGAGAAGAAGCUAUGGGGAAAAAAAUUAAGAGCUGCUUUUUGCCUAAUUUUCAUUCAGAUGAAAACAUUGUUCUAAAUAACGGUUCUUACGGGUAUUUUGCCUGCUGAUAGAUUCAUUUCAUUGCUCCUGAAUGUCUUUGCCUCAAAGAAAGUCACUUAAAUCUGCUUUUUAAAUAGCUUUUUAAAAUUUGUAGUUUAACUCAGUUUUACCAUAUUGUAAAGUACAGCAUGUAAAUUCAGCUCUAAGGGUGCAUGGGAUUUGAAUAUUGUAAGCAACUCAAAAAGUAACCACUGCGAUUGAGUUACAAUGCCAUUUUACUACACAGACCUGAAUACAUGAAUUUUUAUAUCCUCUAAAAAUAUGGGAGACUAUUCCUCAUUGUAAUUUCAAGGUUUUCCUGAGUAAUUUUUAAGAAAUAAAAAAGGUAGACUUUUGUGAAUUUUUUUUUAAAGAGCUUCAAGUAUUUAAUGCUUUUGUCAGUAGGGUUUGCCUUUUAAUGUCCAAGUAUAAAGAGUCUUCAUAAAGUCCUUGCACAGUUUUUUACACUUCUGACUUCUAACUUCUAAGUUUCAAUAAUACUGUGGUCAUUGCAUUUAAAGACUAUCAGAGGUUUGGGGGUUUUUUUUCCUCAUAACUCAACCUGACUCUUUCAUCUACUCUAGCCAUUUUUUAUUUGUCACAGGUCUUGGAAUACAUGGUGUGUAACUCCAUAAGGUCCCAAGCUAAUGACUUUUUAAUACCACUCAGAGGUUGAUGCUCUCAUGCCUAUAGCCUACACAAGGACUCUAUGAAGACUCUGGUUUUGCAAUACUCUAAUAGUGAUAUUAUGUGAAUCGACAGUCUUGCUGUUACAACUUCUGUGAACAUUUGUUCUGGGGUGAUAACUUAAGAUGUUCCAAUAAGUGAUGUUUCACUCUGCCAUAUUUACUUAUCUGUAAUAGGAGUGAAUUCCCCCCCCCCUUAAUAAUGUUAAGAUUCUGAAAUCAAUUUGGACACAUGGCUCAUUUCAAAGACAUCACAAAUUCUUUAUCAGUCCAUGAGGAAUUUUUCAUACCUUCAAGAGAAUGUUUAGGUUAUAAAGUAUAUAAUUCAUGCUAAUCAUCCCUAAGUAAAAAGCUGCCAAUUCCAGUAUUAAAAACUCCACAGUCACACUGUGCCUGAAACAUUGAAUGAAUACCAAAUCUAUGCAGUAUAUUUUUGUCAGGCUGGAAUUCAAGUGGUCUCAUUCUGAUUACAGCCUAGACAAGUGGGUACCUGCACUAUAUUGAGAGGGCAUAAUCAUAAAUUUUAAACUCCCUAUUCCCUUGGAUAUUAAAUUGUUUUGAAACAUUGUAAGUUGAGCCAUUUGGGAUGGGCCAGUUGUAUCCCAUUAAUUGGGUCUGGUUUAUCUUCCUCAAAAUAAUUGAAGAUACGUAGAUUACUUAUGAAGAAAAAUAUUCAAACUUGGUGGGAAAAAAGUCACUGCCAGGAUUCUUUAACUUCUUUGUUAUUUUUGGAUAAUUAAAUUUAUUCACUCUUACACCAGCAAAUAUUUUACAGGGUGCCUUGGAUUAAAACAGACUUUUAUUUAGAAUAUAUCAGUGUUCUUUGUGUUCAUAAAAUCACUUUUUAAAGAAUGCAAUAACAUUAUGAUUGUUAACUCCUGAUUUAAUGUACCUUCCAGCUAUGUUUUAUUUAAUUUGAAAUUUUCAAAUAGUAAAACCUUACAAGCAUUCUAUAUAUUAUCUGUUGAAAGGGUCUAAUAACAUCUUCCCUGGUUUAGAACUGGUAACAUAAUCAAAUACUUCCAUCAUCAUUGAUCCCAUAAGCUUUUGUGCACUGAUUCUUUUGUACACGUUACUUCUUUAAUGCUCUCUUUUAAUAAGGAACAAUUGAUAUAUGUUAUUAGCCACCCAGAAUGUUGCCUGACUCCUACGUCAGCUUAAUGAUGACUUUUAAACUCAUUGACAUUCAGCCCACUGUGUUAAAUUCCAUCCAGAUCCUGACUACCAAAAAGCUUCUUGCAUUUUAUGGUAGUCAUGGUAGUGUUGUUUUGUAUAAAAUUAAAAAUGACUUUUUAAUAACAAAAGCAAAAUAGGGACAGGAGAAACUACUUGAAUGAGGGAUUGCCUGGCAUAAUGCAUUACAACAAUGCGAUCUUGGGAAAAAUGUGAUGUUGAAUAUUAAAAUCUGGUGACUGGAUUUCGCUGACUAAAUGUUUGUUUACAGGGACAUAGUAAAAAAAAAAAAAGGUCAUAUUGGUGUUUAAAAAAAAAGAUUUGAUGUAAAAUCCAUACUUGCAACUUUUUCAAUCUGUGUUGCCUAUUUAAGAUACCAAUUUUAUUGAUGUUGCUGUAAAAUUGAAGUGAUUUUCUAGCCACUGUCAAUUGGAUACUGUUUCUCAAGUUACUUUUUUUCUGACUAAUGUUAUUUGAUGCUAGCUGGAAUUCAAGAAAAGACAUUAACCUUAUUCAAAUAAAGAAAUAUUUUAUUAAAA